AUGUCCGCAGCUAUAGAGCCCCACGCCGCGCCUGCCAGGGCUCCGAGUCCAACCGUCCAACCACCGUCCGCAUGGUGCCAGCUCCGCUACUAAGUGACCUCUUCAGAUCAGGCCCCCUCAGGUUCUUCUCCACAAAGCUGUAGAAGAGGCCACCUAUCUAGCGCUGCAGCCUCAGGGGAGCGCCUAAAGGCGCAAGCUACAGUGCUAUAUUUGUGACGAGCUCCAGCAAGUUUUAGCUCCAUCAAGCUGCACAUACCUGUCAUUUGUCAGCGCCAACGACGCACGAAGUGGUCGUCAGCGCCUUGUCUCUGGAUGUAAACAUGUGCCCUGGCUAAGCUGGCUUCUGGCCGCGACGUUACAUGGGCGGGCCGGACGACGUAGACCAGGCACGACCCAGCAAGCGCGCUCGGAUCGGUGACCUGUCUUCCAGCGCAUCUGACAUCAGCAUUGAUCCCCCUGACAUCAGCGUCAGAGACCCCAGCCUAUCAAAGCCGCUCGCAUUUAUCGACCUGAAUAUGGGGCCGCAGCUAGCGGCUAAGAAGGAGACGCCUAAGCCGCCCCCCGCCAGCGAGUUUGUGGGGCCCAGGGGGAUCAUCCGGCGCACCGAGUAUGUCAGGCUGAUUACACAGGCUCUCCGAGGCUUAGGCUACUCCAGCACCGCAGCGCGGCUGGAAGAGGAGUCGUCCAUUCCGUUACAGUCGGACGCAGUGAACCGGUUACAGGACGGCGUGCUCGUCGGACGCUGGGAGGAGUGCGUGACGCUCUUGCGGGAGCUGCGUCUCGACAACCAGGACGUGUACAAGAACGCCAAGUUCUUGAUCCUGCAACAGAAGUUCCUGGAGGCGCUGGAAGAAGGGUCCACGGGUCUGGCGCUCAAGGUUCUGCGGAACGAGCUGGCCCCCCUGAAGGUCAACGCCCCGCAGCUGCACCGCCUUGCCGCCUGGGUUAUGUGCACCAACUCCGCGGACCUCCUCGCGCAAUCCCACUGGUCUCCGGGGGAGAGCCGCAACAAACUGCUGCUGGAUCUGCAGCGACUGCUCCCGCCGAGCGUGCUGAUCCCGGAGAAACGGCUAGAGGUUCUGGUGGAACAGGCGUUGGCGCACCAGCAGGCGGCGUGCGAGUUCCACAACACGCAGGACGAGGCGUUCUGCCUGUUCGCGGACCACAAGUGCGGGCGCGACCAGAUACCCACCGAGACGGUGCAGGUACUUGAGGCGCACACGGAUGAGGUCUGGUACCUGCAGUUCUCGCACGACGGGAAGAAGCUGGCGUCAGCAUCGAAGGACAACACAGUUAUUAUCUGGGAGGUGCACGCGGCAAACGACGUCCAAGUUCUGCACGUCCUCCAAGGCCACGCCAAGCCACUCUCGUUCGUCGCCUGGUCGCCCGACGACUCGCUCAUCCUGACGUGCGGCAACGACAACAAGAUCAAGCUGUGGGAUACGCUAUCCGGCAAGCUGCGGCGCACUUAUGAUAAGCACGCGGACCCCGUGACCGCGUGCGCGUGGUUCCCGGACGGGCGGCGGUUCGUUUCCGGGGGGGUGGAUAAAUGUACGUUCAUGUGGGACAUCGACGGGAACGAACUGGAGCAGUGGGCGGGCGCGAGGAUCAACGACCUGGCAAUUAGCAGCGACGGGGCGCAGAUGAUCAGCAUUUGCAGCGAGAAGAAGAUUCGCAUCUACCGCUUCGCUGAUCGCUCGGAACAGACCAUUGACGAGGUGGAGAGCAUCACGAGCCUGUGCAUCUCAGGGGACAGCCGUUACCUGCUCGUCAACCUGAGUAGCCAGGUGAUCCAUCUGUGGGACUUGGGGGCCAGCCGGCUUCCGCAGAAGCCCGCCAUCCGCUACAAGGGCCAGAAGCAGGGGCGCUACGUCAUCCGCUCGUGCUUUGGGGGUAGCGCGCAGAAGUUCAUUGUCAGUGGGAGCGAAGACUCUCAGGUGUACAUAUGGCACCGCGGCACGGGCGACUUGCUCGAAGUCCUUCCGGGCCACUCCGGCACCGUGAACGCCGUGAGCUGGAAUCCUACCAACCCCCACAUGUUUGCGUCGGCUUCCGACGACCACACGAUACGCAUCUGGGGUCUUCGGAAAGACAAGCAAUCGGAAGAGGAGGAGACGGAAGGGAGGGGACUUGCGGUGGCGAAUGGGGUCAAGUCGGCCAACGGAAGUGCGCAUUGACAGGUGACCUCUGGAGAGGUGAUGUUCGAAUAGGUGACGUCAGGAGAGGUGACGUUUUGGAAAGGUGGUGGUUGGUGGUAGGCCGGUCGGCCGCUUUGUACAGAGUUUGGGGUUGUCGAAACAUUCUUGGUAUGACCUUCGUCCCGGAAGGAACUGUUGCCAUUAUGAAUUGGGUCAUUUACAUGUGUCAUCUGGAGCUUUGCCAUGGCAUUGACCUCAAAUGUAUCUGGUUUUGUCAAAAGGAACUGUGACCAAAAGAGC